CAUGUGUGUAUAUAUAUAUAUAUAUCAUACACACACUUCCUAGGAGUCUCAAAAAAUGGAUUUUGAGGAAGUAAGAAAAUACGUAGAGAACGAAAAAUCGAAGUCGGGAUUGAAAUCAAAAUCCAUGCCCGAAGAUUUUUUAGACCUGACGACGAUGCAAGGACUAAGAAUUCAAAAAAUCGAACGCGGUCGUAUCCUUUGCUCGAUUAUUGUCCCGCAACGACUCACCGGAGAAAAAGGGGAAUUGCACGCCGGAGCCGCCGCCGCCCUAGUGGACUUGAUCGGAACAACGGUGGUUUUUACGACGGGAGUUCCGACCGGCGUAUCCGUAGAAAUCAAUAUUUCUUACACGGGCACUGCUUAUGUUGGGGACGAAGUUGAGAUCGAAUGCAAAAUUUUGCGAUUGGGGAAAGCUAUUGCGGUGAUCGGCGUCGAGCUAAGGAAUUGCAACAACGGCGAACUCAUAGCUAUCGGCCGACAUACAAAAUACAUUCAAAACAUCCGAAGCAAAAUUUAGGGUUU